AUGGCUGUCACUUGGAACUCAGAAGCCAACGCGAAACUUUUCCUCGGCGUUUUGACCCAGCUUAGAAACCAAAGUAUCAAGCUUGAUUACACCGCACUAGCAGAUUGUGUGGGUCAGGGAUGCACCAUCCGAGCCGUGCAGCAGCAGAUGGACAAACUCAGAAAGCAGGUCUCCGACGGCACCAGUAACCCCGGAACCCCCGUCGGCACACCCCGAAAGAAGGCUACGACUGCUGCCAGCAGUGGUCCCUCCAGUCAGGCUCUUCUGUCUGCCAAGCGCAAGGCGGCCCGCAUCGCGAAGCCAAAGACUCCGACCAGGAAGGGCAAGAGUGUGUCCAAGGUUGUGAGCAAGGCGAGCAGUGAGGAUGACAGCGAGGACGACAGCGAGGACGACAGCGAGGACGACAGCGAGGACGACAGCGAGGACGACAGCGAGGACGACAGCGAGGACGACAGCGAGGAUGACAGCGAGGACGACAGCGAGGAGGCUGCGAAGCCAAUCAUCAAGGGAGAAGAUAGUGAGGAGGAUGCAGAGACUAUUGUCAAGGGGGAUAAUAGUGAUGGCAGCGACAAGACCUACGCCUGA